GAAGUUGAGUAGCAGAAGUGCAAUUUUGACUCAGUUUUCGAGGAUUGGAUUUUCGAUUAGAAAAACGAAAAUGGCUUCGGAGCAGUUAGAACCAUGGCAGAACCUGAAUGGGAAGGUGGUGAUGGUCACCGGAGCCUCAUCGGGACUCGGCCGUGAGUUCUGCCUCGACCUCGCCAACGCCGGCUGCCAUGUCAUCGCCGCCGCUCGCCGCGUCGAUCGCCUCAAGUCCCUCUGCGACCAAAUUAACCAUGACAUUUUGUCUCCUCAGUUGUCGUCUUCUUCUUCUUCUUCUGAUGCUAAUAUUGACGAUGAUGGUUCGAGAAUAAGAAGCGCAAUUAGGGCUGUGGCGGUGGAGCUCGAUGUUUGUGGCGAUGGGCCCACAAUAGAGAAGUCCGUACACAAGGCUUGGGACGCCUUUGGGAGGAUUGAUGCUUUGGUUAAUAAUGCUGGAAUUAGAGGAAAUGUGAGAUCACCACUUGAUUUGUCUGAAGAGGAAUGGAACAGGGUUCUAAGAACAAACUUGACAGGGACCUGGUUGGUGUCAAAAUUUGUCUGCAAACGGAUGCGUGAUGCAGGUCGGGGAGGAUCAGUCAUCAACAUUUCUUCUAUUGCCGGUGUUAAUCGUGGGCAUUUGCCUGGAGGUGCUGCUUAUGCGUCUUCAAAGGCAGGCCUAAACACGUUAACAAAAGUUAUGGCCAUCGAAUUGGGGGAAUACAAGAUCAGAGUGAAUGUAAUAUCACCAGGCCUUUUCAAGUCUGAGAUAACAGAAAAUCUCAUGCAGAAAGCCUGGCUCUCCAAUGUGGCUGCUAGAACUGUCCCUUUAAAGGAACAUGGUACCUCAGAUCCAGCAUUGACAUCGUUGGUGCGGUAUCUGAUUCAUGAUUCUUCGGCGUAUGUUUCAGGAAAUGCUUUCAUCGUCGAUGCCGGUGUUACCUUGUCAGGUGUCCCUAUUUUUUCUUCUCUUUAGGUUCUUGUGAAAUCUUAUGCGUUUGCGCUAUUGCAGAAUUUAAAUCCAGAAAGCAAGAAUAUUAGGACUUAAAUCUUGGUACAGUUGUAAAUAUUGUUUGUGAUUAUCAUGUGCCAAUAUUUACAAAAGUUGUUUCGAAUUAUAACGUCAAGAAUCAUAUUCUACUAUCUCCUCAAACUCAAUCUCAUUCCCUUUCUGUGGAAGAAUCAGUUCCAUGUUUGACAAACUCAUCAUCAUGUCAUCUUCUCUCUAGAUUUAAGGACCGUUUUCAGUCAAGCAAUUCCUUUUUCGGCAACGGUAAAAAAACCCGCUUCAAGUGCUAGUUGCUGGUG